AGUGGUACAACAUGGCGGGUCAGUACCCUGGCUAUGGUGGCUACAACCCAGCAGCUGGCUCAAAUCCGUACGGAAAUCAGCCUCAUCCUCAAGGUUAUGGACAGCCGCCUGGUUACCCACCCAGCAUGGGCUAUCCACCUCCUGGUGGGGGGUACCCUGGGGGGUAUGGAGGAUCUUCUGCUCCACCCCCAGGAGCUGACCCUACCUUGUGGAACUGGUUUGUUACUGUUGAUAGAGACAGGUCAGGUCAAAUAACAGCAGAUGAAUUACAACAGGCACUGCUUAAUGGAAACUGGUCCCACUUCAACAGUGAGACAUGCAGGCUUAUGAUUGGUAUCUUUGACCGAGAUCAGUCUGGUACUAUCAGUUUCCAAGAGUUUCAACAACUUUGGCAGUAUAUUCAGCAAUGGAAGGGUGCGUUUGACAGAUAUGAUUCAGACAGAUCAGGAGCUAUAGAGUCUCAAGAAUUACAUCGAGCUUUUGCUGAGAUGGGUUUUAAUGUUUCACCGAAUUUUGUCAACAUUGUCGUUACCAGGUUUGAUCAACAUGCUCGUAGAAGUUUAAAGCUGGACAGUUUUAUCCAGUGCUGUGUGAUGCUGCGAGGACUAACAGAUGCUUUCCGAGUCAGAGACACAACCAUGAAUGGCAGCAUCACCAUUAAUUAUGAAGACUUCAUGUGCAUGGUGUUGUUGAACAAGCCUUAAAUUUGUGUUUAAACUGGAUAAAGAAAACAGUAUUGAAUUCCCCUUUCACAUCACACUUAUUGUUAAAUUGUAGACUCAACUGAGUACUUUUCAUCUUUGAAAAAUACAAACUACUGUAGGUGUUGCAUAUCUAAUUUGGACAGCUUUAAACAAAGCUUUUUAGAAUUGUUGGUGGGCCAAAAAGGCUGACAUCUAUUGGCUACAUUAUCUCUUUAAAAACACCCUUCCUACUUUUGUUUGAGUGCAGUUAACCAUUUAUCCUGCAGAGUUUGGUUAGCAAAUUCAUCUGGAUUAGUCCUGAAUUGUUCAAAUUUUUAUAAACAUCACAAAAAUGAAAGUGUGGAAAGAAAAUCUUUUUUUCAAAUUGAAAAUUUGUUCCAAUCACAUUAGUAUGGACAAGGGCAAAAUGAAAUUGCUACUAAGGCCUUAUAAACCUCAUAAUUGUACAUACAUGAGAUGUAGCUAUAUAGGUGUAAAAUCUAUGUUAUGCUGUUCAUUUAUUUAGUCCAUAGAACUUUACCUGUAAAAGUUUACAAGUAGCUACUCAAGAAACCUCUUCACAGUGGAUGUUUAAGAGAUAAGCAGACAAAUACUUCCUUUUAAAAUUGGACAUCCACUCACAGUGUGGUUAGGUGAUUGCAAGUGCAGUUUUGAGUGUUUCAGUAUUUAUGACUCUUUGUUGUCUGAAAUGAAAUAAAACUCUCUGAUUACUUA